UAUAUAUAGGUGCUCAGCGCGUCGAGAUGUUCGCCGUUCGUUGAGUCAGCGAACGAAAGGGUACUAUGAGUCCUCGACGCUCCACUCUGCCUCCACUUAUAAUUCUACUCAUCAUCCACACAUGUCCAAUGAAUUCAGUUUAUCUAUCAAUUACCCAAACUCCGGUGCAAGUGGCUACUGCAGGCCAUCUGGGCACGCAACCCCAGUCUCAAGUCCCUCACCCCAGCCCCCUCAGACUCUUGAUAUGCAAAUCAAUGGUGCCUCAAACGAAGGCUACCCACAACACCAACAGUCCACAUAAGCCCCUGCAUCCAUGGGAGGGUACAAGCACUCGCUAAAUUCGCCCUCCUUGAGCGACAAGGCCAUCGAGGAACCCGCCAAGAAAAAAGCGGAAGCGGAGCUGCGGGCUAUCUGUAUUAGACAUCUAGAACAAUUUCCGGGGCUUGAUAUUCCCCAUGCUGCGAUCUCUGGUGUGUACCACUUUCGACGCGCUCGUGUGUUUAUAAGACAUGCAUGAUACCAUAAGAGCCAAUUGGAGCCAUAGCAUAGGUGUCAUCCAACCCUGCAGAAUACUCCAUCGACUUGAUGCCGACAUCUUAGGCAUCUAGACGCCAGGUUAUGAUCCGCACGAUCGAUAGCCUAUCAUAAUAGUGAGAAUGAGAAUGGGGUUUGACUGUGGCAUGCACAAAGGAGUGACCAACGCUGAAUGUAUAAGGGAAUGAUGCCAAUCUACCUUAUAAGACUUCAG